AUGAAUUCUGAGUCUGAAGGAGUGUUAAUUCCGUUGGUCCAUGAACAUCUUAUGAUGCCUUGGAAUGAUCUAAGAAAAGGCGAUUGUUGUGGACUCUUGGAAGAUAUUAGUGAUGGUUAUUACUGCAAAAGCUGCGACCUUUUCCUCCACAAGAAAUGUGGCGAGUCUUCGGAAUUUAUCAAACACCGAUAUCACCCGAACCACACUCUUCAGCUUCGAAGUGAAGGAUGUAAUUACUGCAGUUUAUGUGGAAGGAGCAUCAGUGACCUAUUCUAUCGUUGUGAUAUCUGUGAUUUCGACCUGGAUAUAUACUGUGCCAAGUUCCCACCACCAGAGGUUAUUGAAAUUUCCGAGAAACAUCACCACAAGCUCAUCCUUCACAAGGAGCUGUUCGAGUUCAACUGUGAUGCUGAAUGUGGAAAGAUUACUGGUGCUGAGUUUCCUUACGUAUGCUACGAAUGUCAAUUAUUUUUCCAUGUGGGUUGCAUAUUGCGUCCAUCGAAGUUAAAACACCUGUCAGAGGUAAACCAUUCUCUCCCAAGACUCAUUUCGUUUACAUGUAAUGCUUGUGGACUGAACGGAGAUCGAAGCCCUUACAUUCGUGUUCAAUGUGAUUUCAUGAUUCAUCAAGACUGUCUUAACUUACCAUGCCUCAUCAACAUUAAUCGGCAUGAUCACCGUGUUUCUCCAACUCUUGUUCUCGGUACUGUGAAUUCUAAGGGAGUGUUACUACCUAAUUUUCACGAGCAUCUAAUGACGCCUUGGAAUGAUCUGAGGAAAGGCGCUUGUUGUGGAAGCUUCGAAUCUAUCACUGACGGCUUCUAUUGCAAAAGCUGCGAUUUUUUCGUCCACAAGAAAUGUGGUGAGUCCUCCAAAUAAAUCGAACACCCAUCUGACCCCAUUCACCCUCUUGAGCUUCAGGCUUAUGGUAGACAAUGUUGCGAUCAAUGUGGAAGGUACAGCAAAUUUGAUGUAUGCUAUGCUUGUAUGUACUGUGACAUAGAAGUGGAUCUUUACUGCGCCAAGUACCCACCACCACAAGUUAUUGAAAUUCCCGAGACACAUCACCACAAGCUGACCCUUCUCAAGGAGUGUAUCAAGUUUGAUUGUGAUGCUAAAUGUGGGGAGAUUGGUGAUGGGUUUCCUUACAAAUGUCUCGAAUGUGAUUUAUCGUUUCAUGUGGAUUGCGUAUGGCAUCCGCAAGAGGUAAAUCACCCUUUAGAGGUGAACCACUCUUACCACCCCUCGCACCCUCUUAAGCUCCACACAGGUCAACCACCCGACUAUUCUGAGGGAACGUGUCGUCUUUGCACAAGAAAGAUUGAUGAUAAAUUGUUUUAUCAUUGUUCUUCGUGUAAUUUCACUGUGGAUAUGCGUUGUGUAUUAAAUCCACCACAACAAUCUCUUCUGAAUUUGAGAGCUCAUGACCACCAACUCACACUUCUCCCAAGACUCCGUACUUUUACAUGUAACGCUUGCGGGUUGACCGGCGAUCGAAGCCCUUACAUAUGUGCUCAAUGUGACUUUAUGAUCCAUCAAGACUGUCUUGACCUUCCACGCCUCAUAAGCAUUAAUCGACAUGACCACCGCGUUUCUCGAACUUCUGUUCUUGGUGUUGUCAAUUCUGUUUGUGGAGUUUGUCGUCAGGAGGUGGAUUGGACUUGUGGAGGUUUUUCUUGUCAGCGAUGUCCCGACUAUGUCGUUCAUUCGAAAUGUGCUACUAGAGAAGAUGUGUGGAACGGGAAAGAACUCGAAGGAGUACCUGAAGAAACAGAAGAUAUAGAGCCAUAUGUUGUAAUAGAUGACAACACAAUACAACAUUUCAGUCACAAAGAACAUUACCUAAGCAUCCACGCUAAUGGUGUUCUUUGUGACGAUAACAAACGGUGCAACGCAUGCACCCAUCCCAUCUGUCUCCAAUCUUUUUAUGGAUGUGUGGACUGUGACUUCAUUCUCCACCAAAACUGUGCUGAAUUGCCUAGAAGGAAAUGGCAUGUGCUACACAACGAGCGUCUUACUUUAGUUACAGAUGUGGUUGAUUGGUUUAGAUGUGAUGCUUGUCAGAGACUUUCCAGUGGUUUUAGGUACCAGCAUGGGCAGAAGUCAUUUGAUGUUCGGUGCAGUUCAAUUUGUGAGCCAUUUUUCCAUCCAAGUCAUCCCGAUCAUCCCUUAUAUCACACUUUACCAGAUGGAGAGAUUAAGAGUUGUAAUGGCUGCAAAAAGAAGAGUGAUCAUGUGCUAGGAUGCAUUAAAGAUGAUUGUAGAUUUGACAUAUGCUUCGAAUGCACCGCUCUACCACAAGUGGUAAAGCAUAGAGUUGACGAUCAUCCUCUUUCACUAUGCUAUGGCGAAAAGGCAAGUGUUAAAUACUGGUGUGAUAUUUGUGAAAAAGAAACUAAUCCCGAGACAUGGUUUUACACAUGCAAAGAUAACCAAGCUAGUGUGCAUACAAUGUGUGUGCUCGGAGACUUUUCAAAUCUCAUGCCAGGAAGCACAAGAGAGACUUGGUAUAGAUAUUAUGAGGUAGUGCUCAAUAAUAGUAUAUCUCGUCCAUUUUGCAUUUCGUGCGAGUUGCAUUGCAUUUUUCCAAUCAUCUUAAAGACUGGAAUUACCUCAAAUAAAUACCUUUGCUCUUUAGAGUGUCAAGCGAACGAUUAG